AUGAAAUCGUAGUGACAAUGGGCGUUUUCGUCAUUUGAUAUAAAUUGUGGCACUUCUAAUUUGUGAAGAGCUUUCUACUCAUGUUCUGCUCCGCAGAAAAAAAGCAGAUAAUUUUUUUUUUAAUCUUUGUGCAAUGGAGUCACUGCAAAACUCUGGGAUGUUGACGAAAGAGCAGAUGGUUUAUCUGUUUGAUCGAUUUGAUUACUUGACCUCGCAGUCUGAUGUGAAGAAACGAAUCUCCGAUGCAGUGGAGGAUAAACAGGAAGCUGUAGCGGUUACAACUGCAGUCCAAGAAGAAAUCUUCUUGGAGAUGGGAAUUGACCCAGGAUUUGGUAUUGGAUGUUUGGGAAAGCUGAACUCUGCAUAUGAAAACGAUAAAGAGUUGAUGAUUGGUUUCUACAAGUUUCUCGCUAAGGAGGAGAUGGCAUGUGAAGAAGCUGAGCUUGGACCAGAUGAAUUUGAACAGAAAAUGAAAGCUCAACAACAGUUACAAGAACAGCAGCUGGAGAUGUUAAAGUAUAUGCGUAAAUUCCCUCUCGAUGAUCAAUCUGCUAUACUUAAGAAGCUUCAGAUGCAACUAGAAAGUGCGGAUUUUGAGCCUGAGGCAUCGCUUUUGUCAGGAGAAGAAAUGGAGGAAGCUGUAAGGCGAAGAGUGUCACCAGUUUUUGGAAACAGAUAGCUUCAUCAUUUCUCACGGUCACAGGCCAUUUUAAUUUCUCUUUUCUUCUCCAUAUAUACUUAAAACUCUGUAGAUGCAAAUGUAAACAAAAAAUUUGCUUUAACUUUUCAUUAUUAUCCUGAACAUACGUCGCACCAUCAACCAAGCAGGCAAGACUCAUGCGUUUCAAUGAUGUGUAAGUGAUUUCACUAAAGUUUGUUCUUUAGGAAACAACAAGUUGAUAUGGCCGAGUUGGUCUAAGGCGCCAGAUUAAGGUUCUGGUCCGAAAGGGCGU